UAAAGAAGAAGAAUUACGGGAAGAGAAGGAAAGAUAUGGAAGAGGAGCUGAAAACCGCGACUAGGAAUCACAAAGAAGGGAAGAAGUUGGUCAUAAAUGUAGGCGGCGUUGCUGCUGUUUCCGGGAGUUUCGGAGGCGUCGGUAUGAUAUUUUUGGGUGGCGUAAUGGCCACUACUGCUUUUGCUUUUCUAUUCAGAAGGCGGCUCCGGCGGCGGGAGAAAUUCUCCGGUGAUGCUCAGAAUAAGAAUCGGAAUCACGGGAAUAAUCUGCCGGAUGUUUCUAUGACGGUGGAGGUGCCGGCCGGCGGUAAGUUUGUGGCUGCAGGGAACUACAAGGGAGAAGAAGAAGAACAUUUUUCCGAUGACAUGCAAAAGGAUGAGAGGAAUGGAUCAUUAUCAAACAGUAGGGUUAAUGAGAAUUACGAUGGUUUUUUGGCACAAGAGCUGAACAUUUUCCAGGACCCAAAGAGCAGGAGUAGAAAUGAGGAUCCACUAUGUACUGAUGAGGAAGCCAUAAACGUCAGUUCUCCUACGAUAUUAUUAGUAGGCAAUACCGUAUUUGAUGACGAUGAAUUGACAUUGCCAAUCUUUUCCGAUGAGAAAAUGGAAAACUAUGACGGCAAUGGCAGAGUUAUAUUUGAUCAAGAAACAGAAAAGGGUUGCCGAGACAUCUUCGUGGAUCAUCAGGGAGACAAAAUGAAUUCUGACAUCAGGGAAGUAAUAAAUUGUCCCGAAUCAUCAGAUGAAAUGACAAAAUCAAUGUCCGCGUGUGAAGAAUUAGAACCCAAAAUUCAUGCUGAUCAUGAGAGGAAAAACUUUGGAAAUUCACUAGCUAGAAUCAGCGAUUUGGAGGAAGAUUUCUUUCAACCGGUGGAAGGCAAUGUAUCAGUUUCCAAUGAUCGGAAAAUGGUCAAUCAAGAAGAGCAUGAAAAAGGUUCUAAGGACCGCGACAAAGGUGGUACCAGGAAUCAGAGAGUUGAAAAUUAUGAUGAACAUUUUGGAGUAGAUGAAACUCAUGAAAAAGAUGCAGAAAACGAAUUUAAAGGUAUUCAGCAGCCUGUGGAGUUCACUCUAAACUUGAAAGAGAAAUUACAAAUGCCGAUGACAAAACAGUUUGUCAAAAUGCAGGCACUUAUGACCCUCAACAAAGUUCACAAUGUUGGGAUUACGGAGAAAAUACUACUUCGAAAAGGGAAUUUGGGCGAAAACAGCUUCAAGCUGAGUCUGUUUGGGAGGUAUAUUUUGCAGCUUGUGGAGCUAACUCAAACAACUACAAACACACACAAACAGAGGAUUCUGGUGUUCACAGUUCUUGUGCUAUCCGGGUCGCUUCGCAUCUGGUAUUUCAGUAGGCCUUUCUUGAAGAUCAUUCUCAUGCAUUUCAGGAAUUAUCUGCUCAUUAAGCUACAUCUUCAGAUCAGAAGUUUCUUCAGGAGUCAUCUUAGGAAUCAUCUGAGGAUAAAGAUAAUUCGAAAAAUGCUUGGCAUUUGAAUGAGAAAGAGAGUGAGAACAACAAUGUAAAAGUUGCAUCGGAACAACCUUGAAAAUGUUGUCUUUUGUGUACAGAAAAUAGUAUGUUAAUUGGAUAAAUGGAGCUAUAUUAGUAGCAAUAAAGCA